UCCUUCCAACUGAAAGUGUUUUACAUGCCAAUUCACCACGCGCUGCACGCGCUGCACGAACGCAGGUUAGGGUUUUAUGCUGGGUUCUACUUCAUGAGUGAGUUUACGUAAACUGUUAAUUUCCCUCCAAAUUUCGGUCUUUGUGGUUCGAGCUCCUUCCAUCUUUAUAGCCUUGGGGAUCUCCAGACAUUUUCUUUCACCUUUCAUGGUCGCUCUCAGUUGCAGCCGCAUUUCUUAUUGGAGGAGGCCUGCUUUGGUAUUAUGGUAGAAACAGAGCAAGUGGAGAACGUUGAAUUUCAAUGGGGCAAAAAGAAAGGAAUUGGUGGGAAGAAGAAGGAUGUGACCUUUUAUGAAUCUUUUACUUACGAUGGUGUAGAAUAUUUUCUCUACGACUCUGUCUACCUAUAUAAGGAAGGUGAACCAGAACCCUAUAUUGGUAAACUUGUUAAAAUAUGGCAGAAUCCUGAUAAGACAAAGAAAGUAAAAAUUCUUUGGUUUUUUCGAUCUUGUGAGAUUCUUAAUUAUCUUGGAGCUGAAGACACACGGGAUAAUGAAUUAUUUUUGGCAUCCGGCGAUGGUGUUGGGCUUGCCAAUGUUAAUUCUCUGGAAGUAAUUGCUGGAAAGUGCAACGUUCUCUGCAUUUCAAAUGACAGCAGAAAUCCACAACCUUCAGAUGAAGCACUCAAAAAGGCUGAUUUUGUAUUUUGUCGUACAUUUGAUGUUGGAAAAUUAGAGCUCUGCAAUGAGAUAUGUGAUAAAAUUGCUGGAGUAGAAGUUAAACUUUUACUUAAUAAACUAGAUUCAUCAAAAGAUGUGAAGAGGACCGAUAAGGAUGGGAAAGAUGCAAGUGGCACUGUAAUUGUAAAUACUGAAUUAGAAGAUCCUUCUGCUCGGGACACUUCUAAUGGAGAAUUAACUUUGACGACUAAUGACAACUCUCCUGAGAAGUCCACAAAGGAAAAUGUUGAUUUGAAGGGGCCUAUAGAGAAAUCCUUCAAUGAAGAGAAGUCUGGUGCACAUGCGAUCGAGGGAGGAAAUGGAAUGGCUAAAACUUGUACUAAACAAGAAAACAUCGUGGAUGAUAAGGCCCCUCCAAAGCUUAAAAUUGAUACUAAAGAGAAGCCCAGUAAAGAUGUUAAAGCACUAGCUAAGGAUGUUGAAGGUAGAGUUAAAAGUCCAAGGGGAUCUGCUGAAGAUGAACAUAGGCCGGUGAAAAAGGCAAAACUAGAUGGUUCUGUUCAAUUAUCUCAUGGAAAGACCAAGAGUGACAUUCAAAAGCUUGGUCUCAAUCGCAACAAUGGUGACACCCUGGCUUCCUCACCUAAGGUUCUUGUUUCUGAAGAUGCUUCCAGAGGCAAAAAUGUAAAAGAUUCUCAUGAAACCAAAGAUAGCCUUAUUAAAAAGCCCAAGCUAGAUGAGAAGCCAACAAAGAUUUCUAAUGGCAAGAACCUAAAGGCCUCUUCCCAAAUAGACGGUGAAGUUGUGGAAGUUACUAGAAGGCCAGAUGCUGAUAGAAGCAGAUGGUUCAAGGGACUUCCGUGGGAAGAAAGAAUAAAAGAUGCACAUGAACAAGGAACGCUUGUUCUGAUUCAGAAUUUGGAUCCUGCUUACACUUCAGGUGAAGUGGAGGAUAUUGUCUGGCAUGCCUUCAACGAGAGUUGUACAGCUAAGAUGAUUCAGCGAACUGCAAUUUCUAUGCCUCACAUAGGUCAAGCUUAUGUUGUAUUCAAAACCAAGGAAGCAGCAGAGAAAGUGGUUAGAAAAUUGGAUGAAGGUUGCUUAUUACUUUCAAAUGGAAGCGUUCUUGUCGGUAGCUUUGCAUCUCCUCAUCUUCUGUCAAAGAAACAAACUUUUUUUGGGCAUCACAGUAUUGAUAAGCUUAGACAUCAAAUGCAACGUGAGAUGAAAGAAGCUGUAUCAACUUCGCAUUGUUCUCAGCCAAAUACAGUAGAAUAUGACAUGGCCAUGGAAUGGUGUUUACUACAAGAAAGAUCAGAACUUGUCUGCAAAAAGUUGUUCAAGCAACAAGAGGAGGAGUUAAGAAAACUCCAGAGCAAGCUGAAAUCUAGAUGAGCUCCAUUGGCCUAACAGAUGCUAUAUUUGGCAAAUAUUUUCAAACAGGGCCGAAAUCCUUUUGAUCUAGCACAUUUUGAAUCAUGGGAGUACCUUACUCUUACAAGUACCAGAGAUGAUAGACUUAGUUCUCUUUACUCUGGCAAGUCAUCAAAGUGGAUAAAUCGGCAAUUGUAAAUUGAAACGAGCGGACAGUGGUUGGAUGAGGUCCUAGCUUUUCGAGGAUCAGCCGAAACGUUUCGAGGAACUUAAUGAGAUGAAAUUUCUUGGUAAGUUUUGAGGCUUUGGAAUCAAGACAGCUGUGCAUGUGGAGACAUGGUUGGUUAUAUCAAUACUUACUGGUGUCCCAUUAUGGGUGAUGAGUUUAUAUGGAAUUCACAUAUUUAUUCUAAACACUGAACCAGCAAGUAUUUGAGAGGGUAAAUAUUUAUCCAUGGCGUUCUUCUUGGCCUCUGGUAAAAUCACUUUUUAGUUUUGAUUUUGAUGACAACUUAUAUCUAAUUAGUUUUGGUGCAUCAGGUAAUUGUAGUUUUAUAGAGUAGGAAGCAUCAGAUAACGCAGUUAGGAAUCACAUCUUAUUUAGAGUUAUCUUCAGUGGUAAAAAAAUUAAGCUUUAGCUUAGAAUUUAUGCUAUGUUUGGCCCAGGAAAUGUUUUCAAAUUAUCAUGUGCAUUUGGAAUCUAAUUGAUCUGAAAUCAUUUAAAUUAAAAUUUCUUGUUUGGA